UUUUUAAUGUUAUGUAAAGUCUGUAUAUGUGUAGUGAAGACUGAAGGACGCCGCCUGUGAUUGGUGGAGGAGCCGGGGUCAAAGGGAGGAUCAGCGAGGAGGCGCAGAGGAGAGUGAAGAUGGCGGAUAAAGAGAAGAAAAAGAAGGAGAGCAUAUUCGACUUGUCAAAAUACAUUGACAAACCAAUCAGAGUAAAAUUCCAGGGUGGUCGUGAGGCCAGUGGUGUCCUAAAGGGGUUUGAUCCUCUGUUAAACUUGGUGUUGGAUGGCACAAUUGAAUACAUGCGUGAUCCUGAUGACCAGUACAAGCUGACGGAAGACACCAGACAGCUCGGCCUGGUGGUCUGUCGGGGGACAGCAGUCGUGCUGAUCUGCCCGCAGGACGGCAUGGAGGCUAUUCCCAACCCCUUCAUACAGCAGCAGGAUGGCUAAUACACACUCAACCCUGAACACAGUCUCACACACUGUACGCUUUGGGAUUAUGUGACUGUUUUCUAAAAAGGUGUUUGGUUAAGGAAAAUGAGUUUCAUAUUUCAGUUACACCCAGUAUCAUGGAUCCGGACGUCAUUUAGUCAUUCAGAGAUGUAACAUACUACAUUUACACCGCUGGUUUUGUUUUGGCUUCUGUCAGCUAUUUUAGUUUUGUCUUGUUUCUAAAUACGGAUCUGAAUGAUUGAUUAAACUGUGUUGAGUUAUGUUCA